AUGCCGAAUAUUUUAUCAGAAAAGGAACAGCUUGUACUAGAUUCUGAGCGCGAAAUUGACUGGCUCAAACGACAACUACAAAGAUAUGAGAACGUCGCUGAAGCGAAAUCCUUGGAGCACGAUGUCCGUCGCUUAACGCUAGAUGAAGUCACUGAAAAUCUAGAGCGAUACAAAGAACGAUUGAACACGCUGCGGACACAGCUGGAUGUUAUUACACAGUUCAAUCUUGGCAAAGACGCUUUGACGCGAAGUCUUGAUGGUUCGCAUCAAGUACUGUCUGCGCUCUAUCCACCGGAUAGCGCUCCGGAUACCCUAAAGCAAGCUGGACUGGUUGAAAAACAAAUUGAGGAAAGAGACGAGCUGCUUGUACGUUUUAUGCAAACCUUUGAAAGCUUACGCGAGGUAAAAGCGAACCUAGUGAAUACCCAACGUCAAAUUAUCGAGUGCCAUCGAGCGAACCGACAAUUAAUGGCAUCAAUCGAAGAGCAAAAUGUUUCGCAAUCAGAAAUCAUAGUAGACAUGCAUGAUGAUCUCGCGGCUGAAAACCCAGAAGCUUUAACGGAAAGAAUUCGAGAAAUGCAAAACAGAUUUGAAAUUGCACGCAACGUGCUGAUUGGUCUCAUUCUCGAGAGCAAUAUUGACUGGGUCAACGACGAACGAUGGCUUUCUGUCAUGCUUCGGAUCGGUAAUGAGACAGAUUAA